AUGCUAAGAAGAUACCUUGCUUCUUCUUUGCUUCAGAACAGAUCCGUAAAUUCGUUUGCUGUGGGCAACAUAAACGAUGCAUUUCCUGGAGAAUGCGACCAAAUCAAGUAUUUGAACAAAGAUUUCAGAAGUUAUUAUGAUUAUGGCGAAUACAGCCUUUAUUAUAUUACUGGAGGCAAGACAUUAUGCUUAUCAGGAAAUUUAAUGUUCGAUAAUACGUAUAAAUAUGAAACAGAAGCAGCAAUGCCCGAUGAAAAUGGAAAAUAUUCAAAAAUAAGUACCCCCAGUACUCCAUUAGCUAUCAUGCAAAAAAUUGUAUGGAGCGAAUCUAAGCAAGAUCUAGUUGCGCUAAACCCAGUAGUUAAAUUUAGAAAUCCUGGAGUAGAAUUUAUUCAAAUUCAGUUUAUGAUUCUACCUCCUUCCUAUAGUAUCACUAAAGAUGGUAUUCAAAGUGGCAUCAAAGGAUUUAUCUCCACAGACCAAAACGGUAAUUUCCCCUUGAAUUAUUAUUAUAACGAUAAGAGAGAUGUUACAGCCUACGGAUUGGUCAUUAAUUCAGAUAUCAAAGUUUUUACAUACGAGCUCCAAUCGAACAAUUUAAAAUUUGUGUAUUAUAAUAACCAUAAUUCAGUAUACAUCAACAAAAACUACCAGCCAACACUGAUACCGACACGUUCGGCCUUUUUCUACCCAGAUAAAACAGGUGCUGUACUUAAUAAUGAAUAUAGCACAAAAAUUAGUUGGUCCACGACUUCCGGAGCUUCAGAACUUAUUAAUGGUAACUUCCCCUUCCCGAAGAUAACAGCCAGGCUCCCAACUCAAGGAUGA